CCUCAGAAGAAGGUGAAGAAGAAGGCUAAACAAAACCGUCAAGGCCAAAGGAGUCUUCAGUCAUCUCGGCUGGAGACACAGAGCAAAGUUACAGAAGGGGCAGUCAGAGAUGAGCAUAUCGGGGUGCCGUGCCAGGACAUGCAGGUCACAGAUCCAAAGGCCAUGACUGGGGAGAUCCUGAGCGAUGGGAAGCUGCCAAUGGAAGUCCAGAUGCUGAAACAUCUGGGCCAGCAUCCCAAAAGGCCUCCCCGUCCCCCCGGUGCUGUGCUCUCCAUAGUGGAGUACCCAGAGGAGAGGUUGGGCCCUGCAGAGUGUGUGGAGCCCUUCAUCAUUGUGGCACCUGAAAGUGCUGCUGUGGAAGACAAUCUGGCCAAGGGCCCAGAUGUGAAGGGCAGUUCUGCCAAGGGCCAACCAAAGACGGGUAAAGCCACCAGCAGAGACAGCUCUACAAAGGAGAACCUGAUCUCCACACAGAGAACAGAAAGUCCCCAGCAUUCCUCCACCACAAGAUCCAAAACUCUUCUGGAAAGUGCCUCAGUCUCCACAGAAUUCCUCAGGCUGAAACGGUACCGGUGGAUAGUGUCUGCCCACGGUCAGGUGGAACUGAAGGUGCACUUCUCCACCAAAAAGCCAGGGAAGUUUGUGCAGACACUGAGGUUUGAGCUCGUGCAGACAAAGAGCCAGUACGAGCUGCCCUUCAGUGGCACCGGCCUGUACCCUAGCAUCUGCCAGAACCCUCGGGUGGUGUUUCCACAGUGGAGGAAAACCAUGCAGAAAGAUGAAGUCAUCUUCAAGGAAUAUGUUGAGAGCACAAAGCAAUUCCACUUUGGACCUCUGCAGUGUGGGAAAUCAAGAGAGUGGUACAAGGCCCAGAACUGUCCUGGCAACUCGGAGAAUCUAAGCAUCUUCAACAACUCCCCCAGGGACGUGGAGGUCCAUUUCUCCUUUGAGAAUGCUGGGCAAGCAGAGACAUUCCUUCUGGACCCUCCCAGCAUGACACUGAAACCAAAGGAGAAGCAGGAGCUGACCAUUUGGGCAUACCCCACUUCCCCUGGCAUCCUGGAAGACAAACUCAUCUGCAGCGUUGGGAAGAACCCCAACCCAGUGGUCUUCAGCCUGUGCUGCCAUGGGGUGGACAUGAAGCUGGAGGUCAGCCCCCUGAAGCUGUCUUUUGACAAAUUGCUUCUGCACAGGACUGACAGCAGGACCUUGGUCCUGAGAAACAACACCCUGCUGCCCAUGGCCUGGCAGUUGCGUGGGCUGAAUGACCUAUUUGAGGCCUUCUCCUUAUCACAAGAUAAGGGCAUCAUUGAUCCCCACACAGAGUUUCAAGUGACACUGCAUUUCCAGGCCGAGCAGACUGGCAGCAUUGAGAAGACCCUCCGAUUAGAGGUUUCAGAUACAGAAAAUAUCCUGGGGAUUGCUCAGACUGAAAACAUCCAAGUCUCUGCAGAGGUCUGUGAUGUUUCUCUGAGCAUUGACAUGCCUGAAGGUCCAGAUGGAAGCUUGGAAUUUGGAACCAUUAAUGUCCAAGAUAAUGUCAAGAAAGUCCUGCAUCUAGAAAGCACGGGGGUAUACAACAUUGAGUACAGGUUCACACUUGAGGCUGCAGGUCGCAGGACGCGAGACGUGGCAUCCCACUUCACUGUUAAGCCUCAGUCAGGCCUGCUGAUUCCCUCCCAGCCUGGUGUGAAUGUUGAGAUGCUCUUCCAACCCACAAGAGAAAUGUUCCUCAGGAACAAACCCAUCCUGUACUGCCAGGUGAUAGAUGCCAGCUCAGGUGAAGGAGGCCAGGCUGUCCUCAACAUCCCAUUGAGGGUGUCUGCCAUAGCUGAGUACAGCAAGUACAGCAUUGAGCCUGCCUCACCCAUCAACUUUGGAGCCAUGCUCAAGGGCACCAAGAAGACCCAGACUGUCAUGCUGGAGAACAAAGGGCUGCUCAGCUUCAAAUUCCACAUCUGCCAAGCACCCGAGGAGGCACUGGGAAGCAAAAGCUCAAAGCAAGUGGAAGCUGAAAAGUGCUCCAUGAGAAGGAAAUCAACCUCCUUGACACAGCACUCGUCGAGGAUGUCACAUUAAUCUUCGAGGAGUACCCGAUCUGCAGCAGCACCGACCUCGACCACAAGCUGCAGUCGGUGGAAUGCGCCAGCCUGUUUGUCACAGAUGAGAACAGAUUCAUCUUCAGCAAGG